AUGACAUUUCCAUUUAUUCUUGACGGUUUUCAACAACAAGCCGUUGUUCGAUUAGAACGAUCUGAGUCUGUUUUUGUUGCCGCUCAUACUUCGGCGGGGAAAACCGUUGUUGCGGAAUACGCCGUGGCCUUGGCGAAGCAGCGUGGGACGCGCUGUGUAUACACGUCUCCAAUCAAAGCCUUAAGUAACCAAAAGUUUCGCGACUUCUCGUUGAAGUUCGGUGCGGAGAAUAUUGGUUUGAUUACUGGAGAUCUACAGGUCAACGCAGACGACUCAACCUGUUUGAUCAUGACGACUGAAAUUUUGCGGUCUAUGCUUUAUCGAGGGGCCGAUUUAGUUCGCGACAUUGAGUUCGUGGUUUUCGACGAAGUACAUUAUGUCAAUGAUACCGAGCGAGGAGUUGUUUGGGAGGAAGUAAUUAUAAUGUUGCCCUCUUACGUGAACUUGAUUUUCUUGUCGGCGACUACACCAAAUACCUUGGAAUUCUCAGAUUGGAUUGGACGGACUAAACGAAAGCCGGUGUUCGUUAUUAAGACAGACUACCGACCGGUUCCCUUAUCGUUUAAUUUGUGGGCAGGUCUUAAGCUUCAUACCGUAAUGGAGGGUCGAGAUGGAUUUCUUGAGAGAGGAUUUGCGUCAGCCGCGAACGCGCUCCUCCCUGCGAUGGCAUGGCAAGCCCAGGGAACCAAGCAAAACUGGAUGUCCCUUGUGCGCUUUUUGGACAGAGAAAAUAUGACUCCAACCGUUGUGUUCUCGUUUUCGAAGAAAAAGUGUGAGGAGAUUUCUAUCAUGUUGCAAUCGCUUGAUCUAAAUACGGCUAAGGAACGAGGUGCUGUCCAAGGUUUUACGCUGCAGACGGUGGCUCGUCUCUCCAAGAAUGAUUCGAAUCUACCUCAGGUAGUAAUGGUAUGUGAGAUGGUGCAACGGGGAAUCGGUAUUCACCAUGGGGGUCUUCUCCCGAUACUGAAAGAAAUGGUCGAGAUAUUGUUUGCCAAAUCACUGGUGAAAAUUCUUUUUGCAACUGAGACAUUCGCCAUGGGUGUGAAUAUGCCUGCACGCAGUGUAGUUUUCAACAGUGUUCGGAAGCAUGACGGCAAGCAGUUUCGUCAACUCGAGCCUGGAGAAAUAACGCAAAUGGCCGGUCGCGCCGGGCGUCGUGGACUGGACAAAGUAGGCACUGUGAUUAUAUGCUGUUUCGGCGAAACACCUCCACCGCAACCUAUGUUAAAGCAAAUGUUGACUGGGUCAUCGACAAGAUUAAACAGUCGCUUUCGACUCACAUACAACAUGAUUUUGAACCUACUAAGGGUCGAGGAAAUGAGCGUUGAAUCAAUGAUCAAACGGUCAUUCUCCGAGUUUGCUACACAACGAGCCCUGACUACGAACGACUUUCCCCAGUUGCUGACUCGAGGGAUCAGAGCACUAGAGAAUCGUAUUGGGUCUGAGGACGUGGAAGAGUAUUUCUCGACUUGCAGCGAAAUCCUUUCAAUAACCGAACGUCUACUGACAAAUGUGAGAGACACGGAGGCAGCAUCGUUCGAAGGCAUUCUACAAAAGGGUAGAAUCGUUUUGAUUUCGGCCUGUCGAGAGCUUGGUGCGAUCCUUCUGGUCUCUUCGCAGAAGUGUAAUGUUGACACGACUUCUAUUCUAAGGGAAGAGCACAGCUCUCCAGCUCAAGCAACAGAGAAUCCUUUUGCUGGAAUGAAAACGCGGGGCAAAAAGGGGGCCUCAAUGGACAACAAAAGGGGAUCUGGCACUGCAAAAGCAGAUGAAGAAGUCGAGAAAGUCCUAGACUCGUUAAUGGAAGCGGAAAGAGCAGAACUUUACCUCCGUGACUUUUUGAAACGGGGGGACAGUGUCUUACGAUCUCGACAGCUGUUCGGCCGACUUGAAGCUGAAUUGGAUCAAAUGCGGAACUACGAAAUCCAUCGCCAUCCCAGCCUCGAAUCGAUGUACUCUACUGUGGAACGAAAAGAGAGUUUAAGAAGCAAGGUGAAUACUUUGCGCCAUCUUUUGUCGAAUGAGUCGUUACAACUUUUCCCAGAUUUCCUUCAGCGAAAAGCAGUACUUCGCAAACUUGGAUAUAUCGACGAGAAAGAAACCGUGUCCAUCAAAGGACGCGUCGCUUGUGAAACAAACACCUGCGAGGAGCUGAUUGUGACUGAGCUGGUUUUUGAAGGGCUCUUGAACGAACUCGAUCCAGAAGAGAUUGUCGCCGUCCUUAGUGCUCUAGUUUUUCAGGAGAAAGGCAAGGAAACUUCAUUGAGCGUCGAACUUCCUGAAAGAUUAAUUACAAUAGCAUUAAAUCUGGGCCGUAUUCAAAAGGAUGUGGGCUUAGACAUAGAUCCUGCUGAAUACAGCGAAAGCUCGCUCAACUUCGGUCUCGUUCAUGUCGUCUACGAAUGGGCACUCGGAGUCCCUUUUAAAAGCAUUUGCGACUUGACUGACGUUCAAGAAGGUUCUAUUGUUCGAAGCAUUACCCGCUUGGACGAGCUUUGCCGUGAAGUCCGAAAUUGUGCACGAGUGGUUGGAAAUCCUACUCUGUACAGAAAACUGGAAGCCGCAAGCAUGACAAUCAAGCGCGACAUUGUGUUUGCUUCGAGUCUAUAUGUGAGCUAG